CCCCGCGAGAUCCCCGCCAGCUUCCCCGAGGUGACGAUGGCGAUGACAGGUUUGGAUCUGAGCAUCUUCGACCUCGACUUCCCAACUCCAGACCAAAUCAAGCGCAACUACUUCGAAUUCCUGGACGUGCAGCAGUACAGCGACGAUGGGGAAGGAGCCUCCAUGAGCAACUUCGAAGACUCUGACAGCUCGCUCUUCGGGGCUUCUCUGCAGAACUACCGAGAGUAUGUUGGCACGCCGCCCCACGCUCAGGAAGUGUCUGCCGUGCCCUCUUUUCUGGGGAUGACCUCGGCUUCAGGCCUUGCUCCCAAACCCGAAAUAAGCUUCGCGCUCGAACCUAUUCAGAAAUAUAGAUUCAGAUACCUUUCCGAAGAGGGUUCUCACGGUCAUCUCACAGCAUCGAACUCUACAGCGAAUCGACACAGCGCUCCUACUAUAGAGGUAACAGAAGGCCGGGGAGCGCAGCGAGGGCGAAGGACACUAAACGAUUUGAAAGAAGAGAUGAAAUUCGUCAAAUUAGCGCAGGAUAGACCACUUGUCGAGCUACGUGGACUCGGCAUCAUUAAACUGACCAAAGAUGACCUGCAGGAGUCGGGGAAGACGUUGGAAGAGGCGCAGCGAAUCCACCGGGAGUUUAACCGCCUCGACACCUGCCUGGGCGUCGAGGCCUACGUCAAUGAGAGGAAGGUCGCCGGACCCGUUUUCUCCACCAAGAUCACCAACCUGAGAUGUGCCUCUCAGCUGAAGAUCAUGAGGCGCUCUAUCCUUACGACGUCAGCUGGGGGAGGUCAGGAAAUGUGGUUGCUCACAGACAAGGUCAGAAAAGGAGACAUCGAGGUCCGGAUCAGCGACGGCGAAGGUUGGGAUGACAUUUGCACAGGUCUCGAAAUCUUCCAUCAGUUUAUCAUUAUCUGCAGGACCCCGGCAUAUCCCGGCAGGCUGGAGGCGUCGGGUCGCACGAUGCAUCUCUACCUGUAUCGGAAGUCGGAUCAGGAGUCCAGCGAUUCCUACGACAUCAAAUACGUGCCAGACAGGGUCGCCGGCGAGACGUUUGACGCGAGGAAAAGGAGGAAAACCGUGGAUCUAGACCUGCUGCCGCCACAGCUGGAGCAGAUGCGAGCGCUUCAUCAGAACGGCGUGGCGGGCGAGACGCUGCCUCUGCUCGUCCCCCAAGAACUCGCUCAGGCAACGCGCCAGGAGGACAGGGCGUUAGGGCGUCCGUCUCGACCACGUCCGUCUUCCUCUCGGGCGGUUGCGUCUCAGCCACACAGCCUGACAACUUUGCAGGCGUCUCACUCGACCCCCGUCGCGCCAAGUUACUUCCUAGACGUCAACUGGGCAUCGACGCAGCCAAACUUGCAGCUGCCCAGUUGCAACGGCGUACCAUCGGCCAUGCAACCGCCCUUGCACUUACCCUACGCCCCACAGGAACCCAUACCUUUCCAAUCGCCCCCUGGGACACGCCACGUCGCCGAGCAGUCGCCGAUGCCCUACGCCAGAAGCCCCCAGCCGAUGACGACCUGCGCAGGCCACCUUGAAGUCCAGGCCGGCGCCCUCUACAACGGGGCACCAACUCGCCAGGAAAACCGACUGCCACACGACCUGAAUGGCACGCCUGCACCUCCAGAUACCCACCACCUGCUCCCGGAGGCCUUUGCGUCGCCUGCGUCAUCUUUCCACCUGGGGCACGAGAGACUACAGGAGCCGAUCGCACCCGGGGAGAUCUCGACCAUGUCCCUGCAGUCUUUCUUCGAUUUCGAUUCAGACUUCGAGCUGGAAACGCCUUGUCCUCCGGGUCGAGUGGGUACAUCUCCCUCGUGGUCUUUGGUGACCGACUCCGUUGGUCGAGUGGGUACAUCUCCCUCGUGGUCUUUGGUGACCGACUCCGUUGGACCUUCUUAUGAUCGCAAGAAUAAGAAACCGAUAAGAAAAGAUAAAUACGACUGGGAAGAAGAAGAGGGUGGAGAGGAGGAGAAGAACAGACAAACGUGGGGAGAAGAGAAAGACGAUAAAAUCAAGAGCGAGGGAACGAGAGUGAAAAUGCGGGAACAGACGACAAACCGGGGAGAGAGUAGGAAAUGCAAGAAUAGGACGCCUUGGGAAUUAGUUGACGUGAAUACAAGAGACAGAUACGGAGACAGUCUGCUCCACUACGCCGUCCGGAAAGGCGAUGCCAUGGCCGUGCUGUGGCUCAUUUCCCAGGGGGCCGACGUCAACCAGCAGGCACAGCUGAGCGGCGACACCCCCCUCCACCUCGCCGUGAAGUAUGACAUGCGUGUGGUGCUCCAAGUGCUUCUAGAUUUGGAAAACCUUGACCUGCACGUAAAGAAUGACGCAGGCCAGACCUUUCUUGACGUCCUGCAGCCUGACUCCUCUGUGUCGGAGUGUGUGCUGAAGCAUGCCAGAACACGCGAAAUGAGUCAGGAAGUUUGUUUUUCUGACGCAUCCCUCGAGGCCACGGCUGUCUCGGUUGGGCAUCUCCAACAGCAGCCCGAUAGCAUCAGCCCCACCAAAUCCACCUCCGAGGCGGACGCGGCAGAAGGACCGACAGACGAAGCGAGAGGCGACGAGAAGGACGGAAAGGCGAAGACGGAGAGGGACGCGAAGGAGUCGAGGGAGAGGCGGACAGACGCGCCACAGAUCAGUCUCUGGUACUACAUGUUCCUCCCGCUUUUCCUCGCUUACUGCUAUUCCGUGGUGUCGUAUUGGUCCAAGGGGGACUUGUGAUGACGGCUUGUGGUGAUGACGAAGGUUGGCGGUGGGGAAUGUUGUAUCGGUGGUUGAGGGGGUGAGGCAGUCACGCCCGAAGUUCAGAUGAUAAUGACUGUGAUACUUAUUUGUUGAUACUAACUGUAAAGAUUCACACGUUGCUAUGUCGUCGGUGUUAUUAGUGAUGGUGAGAAUAAUAGGAUCGGAUGCAAUAUGGUUUAGAUUUCUGUUAUUUUUAAAGAGAUAUAGGCGACCCACAAUAAAUCUAGAGCAAUAAUGUAUAUAUAUAUAUAUAUAAUAAGAUUUUACUUGACUGAACCAUGAAUGUUUAACAAUGGGUGAUAUGACUUUUACGAAAGUGGUUGCGAUGUGCUUCAUAAAUGUAAUGACUUGUGAUGUCCAGAGUUUGCUUAGAAUGAAGUGAAUAUAUUAAAACAGUUUUCCUAGA